AUGAAAUUCCCUAAAAUUAGUAAGAGAAUCGUUGGGGGCCAGGUUAGUGAAUCAGGAGAAUGGCCGUGGCUGGUCAGUAUGCAGUUGAGGUUUGAAAACAACACUGUCACUCACAUGUGCGGCGGAUCUCUUAUAUCUGAUCUUUGGGUCCUGUCUGCUGCCCAUUGUUUCGAGAAGUCCUCGGCGCCAUUUUUAUCGAACAACCCACGUGAUUGGACGGUUAGAAUUGGUGAGCACUUCAUGUUCGAGGAUGGCGACGAACAAGACGAGGUGGAAGUCAGCAAGAUCAUCUUCAACCACAACAGGGACUGCUGCUCCGAAAACCGCACGACGGAAUACGACAUCGUCUUAAUAAAGUUAGCGAGACCCGUAAAACUGAACGAAGUCGUGAACGUUGUUUGUCUUCCGGGCUACAAUGAGCCCUUGAAGCCAGGGACCCCCUGUUUGGCAGCAGGGUGGGGUCACAUGGAAGAAAAGGGCCAGAUCUCGGAGACGGUUAGGCACGUGUUAGUACACACGAUCGACAACGACUUGUGCAGUACGUGGUACACCAGUUUGGAGAAGGGGUUCCAGGAGCUGACGGACAACAUGCUGUGCGCUGGCGAGGAAGAUGGCGGGAAAGAUGCGUGCCAGUACGACUCUGGCGGCCCCCUGGUGCAUUAUAACGAGCAAGAAGACAGAUGGAUCGUAUUCGGUAUCGUCAGUAACGGAUACGGAUGUGCCAGAUCCCGAUAUCCCGGUAUUUAUACCCGGGUAUCGUCAUUCAUUCCGUGGAUCGAAAAAACCGUUAAAUUCGAGUAA